AUGAACCAGAGUGUUACAGAUCCUGCUUUGCUGCUCGCUGCCUAUGACCCUCCGGGACCGCUGAACUACAUCUUCUUCACCCUCAUAUUUUUCAUUUAUGUCUUGACUAUAUUAGGAAAUGUCAUUCUUAUAAUUGUGAUUUGUAAGGACUCAGGCUUACACAAGCCCAUGCACACCUUCCUGCUGCACCUGGCGGUGAACGGCCUGAUCGGGAGCUCGGCCGUGUGUCCCAAGGUCAUGGAAAACCUGGUCAGCGACGCCCAGGGCAUCUCCCGCACCGGCUGUUUGCUGCAGGUGUUUUUCAUCAACGUGUAUGCGACGUGUGCUUACGCCAUCUUGGCUCUCAUGGCGUACGACAGGUACGUGUCGAUUUGCAAGCCGCUGCAGUAUCACACCAUCGUAACCCCCUUCAGAGUGAGGCUGCUGCUGACUGUCGUCUACUUUGUCCCGGUCUCCCUUCUGUCUUUUCAAAUUUAUCUGACGUCGCGGCUCCCUCUGUGCUGGUACGUUAUCCACAAACUGUUCUGCGAUAACCUGUCUAUCGUCAAGCUGUCCUGCACCCAGAAGCCUCUGGAAAACCUUUUCGGACUGUCCAUUAUUUCCACCAUGGUGGUUUUGCCGUUCCUGCUCGUCCUGCUGUCGUAUAUGAGGAUACUGCGCGUGAGCCUGAGGGCGUCAAAGGAGUCCCAGAGAAAAGCCCUGAGCACGUGCGCCCCGCAUCUCAUCGUCUUCAUCAACUUCUCUGUGAGCCUCCUCUUUGGCGUCGUGUACAACCGGCACAGCACGGCGUCCAAAUACGUCAACUAUUUCAACUCAGCGCAGUUCAUAUUCUUCCCCCCGCUGCUGCAUCCGCUCAUUUACGGAAUCAGGACAAAGGAGAUCCGCAGAUCUGUGGUCAAAAUAGUUCAGAGGGGGAUUUUGGCGUGA